GCUCCGGGAGGCAGCGUCCUACAGGACAGGCGCCGGGAGGAGUGGGUGGUGGCCAAAGGGAGGAGACGGGGCGGGGCCCGCGGAGACAUUAAGGGGCACCCCGAGCUCGCUGCACCUUCUUGGGGCUCAGUGCCUCCGGGCGUCUGGCGAGAUGGCGGCGCGGGGCCUGGGCCGCAGCGUGGGGCGGCUCCUGGGCAGCUUGUGCGGGCGCUCGGGGCAGCCAGUGCGGCAGCUGCGGGGGGUCAGCGCCUCCGCCGCCGCCGCAGCGCAGCCGGGCUCAUACCAGGCGCAGAGCGCACAGGCGGCCCGGGUGCCGGCCGCUUUCUGGGGGCCGCUGGCGCGGGACACGCUUGUGUGGGACACCCCCUACCACACCGUCUGGGACUGUGACUUCAGCAGCGGCAAGAUCGGCUGGUUUCUGGGAGGCCAGUUAAACGUGUCUGUCAACUGCUUGGAUCAGCACGUUCAGAAGUCUCCAGAGAGCGUCGCUUUGAUCUGGGAGCGGGAUGAGCCCGGAACUGAAGUGAGGAUCACAUACAGGGAACUGCUGGAGACCACCUGCCGCCUGGCCAACACGCUGAAGAGACAUGGCAUCCGUCGAGGGGACCGUGUGGCCAUCUACAUGCCUGUUUCCCCACUGGCUGUGGCCGCAAUGCUGGCCUGUGCCAGGAUUGGAGCCGUCCACACUGUUGUCUUUGCUGGCUUCAGUGCGGAGUCUUUGGCUGGGAGGAUCAAUGAUGGCAGAGCUCUUUCUACCUACUGGAUCAUCUCCCUUCCUGCCCCACGGGGAGUUUACCUGGACCAAUCCCAGCACCUGGGAGCCAAGUGCAAGGUGGUCAUCACCUUCAACCAAGGACUCCGGGGAGGGCGCGUGGUGGAGCUGAAGAAGAUUGUGGAUGAAGCUGUGAAGCAGUGCCCGACCGUCCAGCACGUCCUGGUGGCUCACAGGACGGACAACAAGGUCCACAUGGGACAUCGGGACAUCCCCCUUGAGCAGGAAAUGGCCAAGGAGGACCCUGUGUGCGCUCCGGAGAGCAUGGGCAGUGAGGACAUGCUCUUCUUGCUGUACACUUCAGGGAGCACUGGGACCCCCAAGGGACUCGUCCACACCCAGGCGGGCUACCUGCUAUAUGCCGCCCUGACACACAGGCUUGUGUUUGACUACCGGCCAGGUGACGUCUUUGGCUGUGUGGCCGACAUUGGCUGGAUCACAGGACACAGCUAUGUGGUGUACGGACCCCUGUGCAAUGGAGCAACCAGCGUCCUUUUUGAGAGCACCCCGGUUUACCCUGAUGCUGGUCGAUACUGGGAGACAGUGCAGAGGUUAAAGAUCAAUCAGUUCUAUGGGGCCCCGACGGCUGUCCGGCUGUUGUUGAAAUACGGCGACUCCUGGGUGAAGAAGUAUGACCGCUCUUCCCUGAGGACCCUGGGAUCAGUGGGAGAACCGAUCAACUUGGAGGCUUGGGAGUGGCUCCACAAGGUGGUGGGGGACAGCAGAUGCACGCUGGUGGACACAUGGUGGCAGACAGAAACGGGGGGCAUCUGCAUCGCGCCACGGCCCUCAGAGGAAGGGGCAGAGAUCCUCCCUGCCAUGGCAAUGAGGCCCUUUUUUGGCAUUGUCCCGGUGCUCAUGGAUGAGAAGGGAAAGGUCGUGGAGGGCGGUAACGUCUCUGGGGCUCUGUGCCUGUCCCAGGCCUGGCCGGGCAUGGCCAGGACCAUCUACGGAGACCACCAGAGAUUCGUGGAGGCCUACUUCAAGCCUUACCCAGGCCACUACUUUACUGGCGAUGGGGCAUACCGGACAGAGGGUGGCUACUACCAGAUCACAGGCCGGAUGGACGACGUCAUCAACAUCAGCGGCCACAGGCUGGGGACGGCAGAGAUCGAGGAUGCGAUGGCUAACCACCCGGCAGUGCCAGAGACUGCGGUCAUUGGCUAUCCCCAUGACAUCAAAGGAGAAGCUGCAUUUGCCUUCAUUGUGUUGAAGGACAACACAGGUGACACAGAUGUGGUGGUGAAGGAGCUCAGAUCAGCAGUGGCCACCAAGAUUGCCAAGUACGCUGUGCCUGACGAGAUACUGGUAGUGAAGCGUCUUCCAAAAACUCGGUCUGGAAAAGUCAUGCGGAGGCUCCUGAGGAAGAUAAUCACAGGCAGAACUCAGGAUCUGGGGGACACCACCACCCUGGAGGACCCCAAUGUCAUCACAGAAAUCCUGAGUGCCUACCAGAAGCACAAAGACAAGCAAGCUGCCUCUCAGUGAUGCGCUCUGGUCAAGACCCAGUGCCUACAUCCCUAACCGUCCUUCCAGAAUGUAGCUCUCAGAUUUGCUCAUUUCCUGCUCUCUCAGAAGCCGUCCUCUUCCAUAGUAUAACCCAUACUGCCCCAGCGUGAAGUCUGUGCUAAGCCCUGCCUUCUUCCUGCUGAGAACCCAUGAAGAGGUACUGUCAGACAUGCUAGCAGUUGUUUCCCCUUGUCCUGAAUUUGGUUUCCUGGAAAGAAAAGUCAUUGUCAUCUCCAUUCUGUGUCACCUCCUGACAGCACAGGAGAGCGAAAAGCCUAGUAACGUAUGCCUGCUCAGGUGACUGAGAAUUAGAAGCAAUCAUGUUUUUUCCCCAGAUGUUUCUAGAUACAAAAGGCAGAAAUUUUAUUUUUAUACUUUUAUAUUUUGGAAUAAUGUGCAAAUACACACAGGUAGUAUGUGGGUUUACAUGUACACACUCUUUGAAACAUUUAGAGUUAUGAAAAUCUUUUGUGCCUCUGCUCAUGGGGAAAUGUGGGGAGGGUCAGAGGGUGCAUUUUUAAUGUUUGGCAUAUUGCGGAAUCUGUAUUGAAAAUGUUUGUACCUCUGUCUAAAUAUAGCUAUCUUGAGAACUUUCAA